AUGCUUCGUGCAGCCUCUGCUCUAGUCUUCUGCCUCGUGGCGGAGUGCCUGGCGUUACCCAGCGGAAGCAGGCACUGGCGCACCGCUCAUGACCGAGUAGUCGGUGGCAGUGAUGCCAACAUUUCCGACUACCCCUACUCGCUGCAGCUGAUGGUCAGCGGUGAAUUUUACUGCUGUGCGUCAGUCAUCGGCGCAAACUGGGCGCUGACGGCUGGACACUGUCUCGAAGGCGUGACAACCGACAUACUGAGCUUCCGGGCUGGUACUUCCACGCGAGACACUGGCGGCACAGUCCAUGACGCGCUCACUGCUAUCGCACAUGAACAGUACAAUACCUACACUCUCGACUACGACAUUGGAGUUGUGCAGAUCUCUGGGUCAUUUCCGUUGGGCGACAACGUCCAGACAAUCGGCCUGCCUGCCGCAGACUACGACCCCCCUGGGGGUCUCGCUGCCACCCUGACCGGCUGGGGCGUGAUUAUAACCAACGGUCCUCUACCAGACGUGCUGCAGAAAGUCGACGUCAGCGUCGUCGACAGGGAGACGUGCCAGAGCAUCAUCAACUCGAUAAGCAGGGUGAGAGACCUGUCCCACGUGUCUGAGCGCAUGAUCUGCGCCGGAGAGGCGGGGAAGGCAGCCUGCGGUGGCGACUCCGGCGGCCCCCUGGUCAGCGGAGGUACGCAGAUCGGCAUCGUCUCGUGGAAGAUGAGCGGCUACUGCGAGAAAGCGGGCUCCGUCUACGCCAGCGUGGGCAGUCUGCGCUCCUGGAUUACAAGCAAGACCAAUAUCUAA